AUGAGCAUGCUUGGUAAUUGGCAGACCAUCAACACUUGUGUGCUCACCUCUUCAUGGCACAUCAGGACCGAAGCGCAGUUCGCCGGCACCUGCAUCGGUGUGUUUUUGAUCGUCUUCCUCAUCGAGACUGUGCGAAGAUGGAGCCGCGAAUUCGACCGAUGGAUCCUCGAACGCGCCAUGGUCGAGCGUCGGGAGACGAGGCGUCGCACCCAGCACCUUAAGGCAGAGAUGGCCUCUCGGCUGGCCGAGUCAGCGCCAUCGCAGGAUCGCUCGACAUUGAGUCAAAAGAUGGACCAACUCGACUCGAUCUUCUUUGGAAUCUCCCCGAGCAAGUCUGGAUGUCGACAGGCCGCACUCGACUCGAUGCGUUUUCGACCCAAGAUGUGGCAGCAGCUCCUACGUUCGCUCUUGUACGGCGUGCAGUUCACCGGCGCUUAUCUGGUCAUGUUGAUUGCCAUGACCUUCAACGGCUACAUCAUCAUUGCCAUCGUUCUGGGUGGCAUCUUCGGCCACUUUUUCUCCACCUGGGAUACGCUCGGAUCAACGCACCUUGUCGACGUGGACCCGCUCGGCGCCGGGUAUGCACCGGAUGCUGGAACCAUUGCAGAUCCAAGCGCCGUCACGGUUUCGCCCUGUUGCCAGCCUGAUGCCAAUAAGGACUCAGCAAGCGUAUCGAGCGGGUCCGACGAUGGCGACCACCUCAAGCGUCGUGUGGUAACGCUUCCCGAUCACGGUUACGGCUCGGGUGCCUGUUGUGUUUAG